GACAACACUUUGAAACUUAAUCACUGCUAUAUUCCAAACUUAGCAACGAAUCAUCCCCUUAUCGUUCGGAAUCUGGGGAAUGCCUCGAAGUAUGUUAAGUCAGUGUUGCAGCUCCAUAAACUAAAGUGUCCUGAAUAGAGUCAGCUGCUGAACUAGUUCCACCACAGUUGCUGCAAUGGACUCCGUCAAUGUACGAUGGAGGAUCUGCACAUUGCUUAGCUUCAUCGGAAUCACAUUCCUAGUUUUUGCAGUAAAGCACAGCCACGACGGAUCAGGCUUCUGGAGCCCUCAGAACAUAGCCUUCGUGGCGAGACCCGCACAUGAGUCCUCCUCAGAAUCUGAUACUCGGGUCAACGACCCUCCGAGCUUCAUUGAGACGGAGAAGGAAGUGAAAGGGUUCUGGAGCCCUCAGAACAUAGCCUUCGCGGCGACACCGGCACAUGAGUCCUCCUCAGAAUCUGAUACUCGGGUCAACGACCCUCCGAGCUUCAUUGAGACGGAGAAGGAAGUGAAAGGGGACGAAGAUGAGUGUGAUAUAUUUGACGGGAGAUGGGUUUACGACCCGGGGUCGAGUCCUAUGUACAGUGGAGCACAGUGUCCAUUCCUUAGCGAUCAAGUCAGCUGCCAGAGGAACAGGAGGCCCGAUUCUCAUUACGAGAGGUGGAAUUGGGAAGGCAAUCGGUGCAACAUUCCAUGGUUUAAUGGGACAGACAUGUUGGAGAGACUCAGGGGAAAGAGAGUUGUCAUAGUUGGGGACUCCCUGAACAGGAACCAGUGGGAGUCGCUUGCUUGCCUUCUCUAUUCCUCAAUUCCUUCGUCAGAAACGCACGUCGAUGUAAGAAGCGGCACUUACAAGAUUUUCCGAGCAAAGAGCUACAACUGUUCAGUGGAGUUCUAUUGGAGCCCAUUUCUGGUUCAGCUAGAAACGAACCGCAUCAAUGGUAGCAGAGUCCUCAUGCUCGACCGGCUCUCCACCUCAGCUAGGAGAUGGAGGGGUGCCGGUGUCAUGAUAUUCAACAUGGGCCACUGGUGGGUUCACCAGGGGAAGCUCAAGUCGUGGGACUUCUUGCAGUAUAAAGGAGUGCUGAGACAGAACAUGGAGAUGGAGACCGCCUUCAAAAGGGCGAUGAGGACUUGGGCAAGAUGGAUCAAUCAGAAUGUGAAUACAAACGAGACAAGGGUCUUCUUCCGAAGCAUAUCGCCGGAACACAAAGGGCAGCGCUGGUGCCACAAUGUGACAGAACCCUCCCUCGACCGGUCCUACAAUACUUCAUUCCCCAAAUCCAUUGCAGAGAUUGCAGAGAGGACGAUACAGAACAUGAGAACACCGGUGAAGUACUUAAACAUCACGAAGCUCUCCGAGCAGAGAAAAGAUGGCCACCCGACAGUUUACACAACAAAGCAAGGGAAGCUGUUGACAGAAGAGCAGAGGAAGAAACCCGAGGUUUAUUCUGACUGCAGCCACUGGUGUCUUCCUGGGGUGCCUGACACGUGGAACCAACUUGUAUAUGCAUCCAUGGUAUUGGACAGCUCCAGAGACGGGUCUUCCUCUUCUCACACGAUUAGCUUGAAGCUGUAAUGGAUCAAAAUUCUUUCCAUUUUCUAGUGGAAAUAAAGGACAUCUUGCAAAAAUAUUCAAGCAUAGAACCAACAGUUUUUGUUGUUGCACGACCUCGA